AUAAAUUAUUUCAAGCGGCCUGGCCAUUUCUGUACGCGAGAAGGCGGCCUCUAAACCAUAUUACUUCGUAGCGCCGAAACUUUUCAAAAAUUAGUCGACACUUCUUCUCCUCUACAUUUUCAUGAAGCUCUUCUUCUCAAUUAAGCGCCAUUGCAGCUCUUGCACUAUCAAAACCACCCAAAUUGCACAAACUAAAGAAUUCAGAAUCCUUCAAUACUGUAAAUCUGGUGCGCUAUUUGAUGCACUUCACCUUCUGAACUCGCUUGACUUUAAGAAUCUUUCUAACAAACCAUUUUUUUAUGCGUCUCUUUUACAAACUUGUACCAAAGUUGUCUCUUUCAACCAUGGCCUCCAAAUCCACGCCCAUUUAGUCAAAUCUGGUCUUGAGACCGAUAGAUUUGUUGGCAAUAGCUUACUUGCACUUUAUUUCAAGUUGGGUCGUAAUUUCUUUGAGACAAGAAGAGUUUUUGACGGCCUCUACUUUAGGGAUGUAAUUUCUUGGACUUCAAUGAUAACGGGUUAUAUUAGACUAGAAAAACCCAAGAACGCGCUUAAAUUGUUUUGGGAAAUGCUGGAUUUUGGGGUUGAGCCAAAUGCCUUCACUUUAUCUGCUAUGAUAAAGGCUUGUUCGGAUCUUGGGGACUUGAAGCUUGGUAAAUGCUUUCAUGGGGUGGUUAUGAUUCGUGGGUUUGACUCCAAUCAUGUUAUUGCCAGUGCUUUGAUUGAUAUGUAUGGGCGGAACUAUGGGCAGGAUGAUGCACGCACGUUGUUUGAUGAGUUGCUUGAACCAGAUGCUAUUUGCUGGACAUCUGUCAUUUCUGCGUUUACAAGGAAUGAUAUGUAUGAAAAAGCAUUGGGAUUCUUUUAUUUGAUGCAAAGGAAAAUUGGAUUAACACCAGAUGGGUUCACUUUUGGGACGGUGUUGACUGCUUGUGGUAAUUUAGGGAGGUUGAAGCAAGGCAAGGAAGUGCAUGCUAAGGUCAUUACAUCUGGAUUUAGUGGAAAUGUGGUUGUUGAGAGUAGUCUUGUUGAUAUGUAUGGGAAAUGUGGAUUGGUCAAUGAAUCUCAACGUGUAUUUGACAGAAUGAGUAUAAAGAAUUCAGUUUCCUGGUCUGCAUUGCUUGGGGGAUAUUGUCAAAAUGAGGACUUUGAAUCUGUUAUUAGGAUUUUUAGGGAAAUGGAAGAGGUUGAUCUCUACAGUUUCGGAACCAUUCUUCGUGCUUGUGCAGGCUUGGCAGCGAUAAAGCAAGGGAAAGAGGUCCACUGUCAAUACGUUAGAAAGGGUGGUUGGAGAGAUGUUAUUGUGGAAUCAGCUUUAGUUGAUCUUUAUGCAAAAUGUGGAUGUAUCCAUUUUGCACGUAGAAUUUUCACAAAGAUGCCUGUUAGGAAUUUGAUAAGUUGGAACUCAAUGAUUGGUGGGUUUGCUCAAAAUGGAAGAGGGGGAGAAGCUCUUCAAAUAUUUGAUGAGAUGAUUAAGGAGGGGAUUAAACCUGAUUAUAUUACUUUCAUUGGGCUGCUUUUUGCUUGUAGUCAUGCAGGAUUGGUUGAUGAAGGGAAAAAAUAUUUUAUGUCAAUGACCAAGGAAUAUGGAAUUAAACCUGGAAUUGAGCAUUAUAAUUGUAUGGUUGAUCUUCUAGCUCGUGCUGGGUUACUAGAAGAGGCUGAAAAUUUGAUAGAGAAUGCAGAUUGUAGAGAUGAUUCAUCUCUUUGGGCAGUUCUUCUUGGUGCUUGUGCAACCUGCACGGACUCUGUCAGUGGAGAGCGUAUUGCAAAGAAAACUAUGCAAUUGGAACCUGGCUACCACUUGAGUUAUGUUUAUCUUGCUAACAUCUAUAGAGCAGUGGGCCGUUGGGAUGAUGCUGUUAAGAUUAGGAGAUUAAUGAAAAUUAGGGGAGUUAAGAAGAUGCCUGGUAGAAGUUGGAUUGAGACUAACAAUAACAUGCAUUCUUAUCUAAAUACAGAUAAUUUCAGUAUGUCUAAAGACAAUGAUUGAGCACUUGAGAUGGAUCUUGUGCAAUGAUGAAAAGAAGCAUAAAUGGAUGAAUUGCCGUAACCAUUAACCAACUGGAAGACACGAGAAAAGUUAAAAUCUUGGAGCUUCUUGGGUCACUGUCGAAAUCCUUGGUCAUUCAGAAUGACUGAAGAAUACUGUUUACUGAACUCGAGCUAGGAAGGCAGAAAAGCCAUGAAUCCCUGAGUUUCUUGUCGCUGAAUUCCAUGACCAUCAAGGUUUCCAUAUUGAGUGAUCGAUAGAGAAUUUUUUUCUCCUAGCAUCAUCAGAUGCAGACCUCUUCUAUCUCUUCACUGAUUAAUUGAUCUACGAGGAAUACAAUCUCCAUAGUUUCUCAUGUACUGUCCAUUUUGGGGUCUCCUACCAAAAGAAAAGAGUUUUCAUACAAUAAUUUGCAAGACCAGCGAUUUUGGGAUGGAAUAAUGGCGUCUGUUUCCUGAUGAACAUUGUUAAAGUAUAUUCCUUGUCCUCAUGCCACCAAUUUUUGCCUGCGUUUGAAUUUUGUGUAGUAUAAUCAUAUUUUCAUAUUGCAAAAUGAUCCAUAUAAGGAAUUUUAUUUCAUUCCCCU